UGUCCAGCAGAGGGCAGGCGACGCGUCAACUCCAAAACACAUUAAGGCACGUUAACUGUUAGCAUAUUUGUGAGAGAGAGAGCACGUCAGGCUCACAUACAUUUAAUGAUGUAAAAUACGAACACACGAUGACAAAAUCCCCCUUUGAAGUGAUGACGCCGGGGUAGAUAUUAAAUGAAUUAUACAUGCAGUCUGUUAGGACGUAGCUAGGCCGACUCAUGUGCUCAUGCUUCUCCUUUGGGAUUUGAAAGGAGGCCUCACAUUAAACAUGGAUGACAGGUCAGCCAGCAAAGAGUUGGAAGGAUGGAUCGAGCAACUCAAUGCGUGCAAGCAGCUCAGUGAAAACCAAGUCAGGGUGCUCUGUGAAAAGGCCAUAGAGAUCCUGGAGAAGGAGUCUAAUGUGCAGGAAGUCCGAUGCCCAGUGACAGUCUGUGGAGAUGUUCACGGUCAGUUUUAUGACCUCAUGGAGCUUUUUAAGAUAGGCGGGACCCCUCCAGACACCAACUAUCUCUUCAUGGGAGACUAUGUUGACAGAGGCUAUUACUCAGUGGAGACAGUGACACUCCUGGUUUGUCUGAAGGUCAGGUUUCGUGAAAGAAUCACCCUUCUGAGAGGGAACCACGAGAGCCGACAGAUCACAUACGUGUACGGCUUCUAUGACGAGUGCCUGAUGAAAUACGGAAACGUCAACGUUUGGAAGUACUUUACGGAUCUUUUCGAUUAUCUGCCCCUGACUGCGCUGGUGGACAACCGGAUUCUGUGCCUACAUGGAGGAUUGUCUCCUUCAACAAUCACACUGGAACACAUCCGAGACCUGGAUCGCAUGCAGGAGGUUCCUCAUGAGGGUCCAAUGUGUGACUUGCUGUGGUCCGAUCCAGAUGACCACUAUGGAUGGGGCGUCUCUCUACGUGGCGCCGGUUUCACCUUCGGCCAGGACAUUUCAGAGACUUUCAACCACGCCAAUGACCUCAGUGUGAUUUGUCGAGCCCACCAGCUGGAGAUGGAGGGCUUCAACUGGCACCAUGACAAAAACGUCGUGACCAUCUUCAGCGCCCCCAAUUAUUGUUAUCGCUGUGGCAACAAGGCGGCGAUCAUGGAACUUGAAAACACACUGAAAUGCUCCUUCCAACAGUUUGAUCCCGCCCCCCGCAAAGCAGCGCCCCAAGUGUCAUGGCGAUCUCCGGACUACUUCCUUUAAAGAUCUAAAGCUGGUGGCUACACACAUCAACUGGGGAGCCGGCGCUGAAAACAAUCUGAUUGGCAAAACAAAUGGGAGGAACAAUCAGAAAUCUUUUCUGUUUGUGCGGUAUUCACUUUGCAGUCACACAGUGCAUUAUUGCAAUGCUUGUUGCCAACAACAGCAAUAUUCAGUAUAUUCUGUUUUGCAGGCACAAAUACACUAAGUGGAAGACAAAGGCUUCAUCAAUAAAUAGUUUGUCUAUCGUGUUAAAAUAAGUGCUAAUAUAAAUAAAACUGCUCUAAAUGGG